AUGUGGCGAAUAUGUGUUGAAGUUUUCUCAAAACCAUAUAAAUCAUGUACGGAAAAGUUUAUUGUUAAUCCAGUUAAUUCUGAAACUAUAAAUAUAUCUGAGGAACUGACUAGAAUAAAAUUAAAAAAUCAAGAAAUAAAGGAUUAUAAGGAUACAAAAAUUGUUCAAAUAAGACCUCAACGUGUUUCUUUGAAGUUAAGACCGCACCAAGUUCAUACACUUAACUUUGAAUAUUCCCAAGCAGAAGAUUAUCCAAUAGAUCUGUACUAUUUAAUGGAUUUAUCCAGAUCAAUGCUGAAUCAUAAAGAGAAAUUGUCAUCACUCGGCAAUACACUAGCAAACGCAAUGAAAAAUAUCACAAGAAAUUUUCAAAUUGGUUUUGGAUCUUUUGUAGAUAAAGUACUGAUGCCAUUUACUUCUAUAAUGCCCGAAAAAUUAAAAGACCCGUGCAGUACAAAGGAGAAUCAAUGCGCACCGCCAUAUUCCUUCAUUCAUCACAUGAAUUUGACGACAAAUGUUAACAUUUUCGAGCGUGAAGUAAAAGCGGCUAAGGUAUCUGGAAAUAUAGAUUCACCUGAAGGCGGACUUGAUGCGAUGAUGCAGGCUAUAGUUUGUCGGAAAGAGAUCGGUUGGAGAGAUUCUGCGCGUCGUGUUCUGGUUUAUUCAAGUGACGCCGGAUUUCAUUAUGCUGGUGAUGGAAAGCUUGCUGGUCUAAUAGAACCAAAUGAUGGAAAAUGUCAUAUGGAAGGAAACACCUAUACCCAAGCAGAAGUUUUAGAUUAUCCAAGUGUCUCUCAUAUAAAUGAUGUUGUAAAAAAAAAUGCUGUUAAUAUAAUUUUCGCAGUCACGAAAGAUGUUGGAACUAUUUAUAAGGAUCUAGCAAAUGCAAUAGAAGGCGCAACUUCUGGUGUACUUGACGAGAGCUCAUCAAAUGUUGUAGAUUUAAUAAGAGAUCAGUACAAUAAAAUCACUUCUUCUAUUGAAAUAACAGAUAACGCCACCUCGCCAGUAGAUAUAAAAUAUUUUACAUCAUGUCUAAACCCAAAUGAAAAGAAACGAGAGCAAUAUAAGUGUAGUGAGUUAAAAGAUGACAGCACUGUGAAUUUUGAAGCAAGAAUUGAAGUUUUGGGAUGUCCAAAAGAUAAAAACGAUUGGAAACAAAUAAUUCAAAUAUAUCCAAUUGGAAUUGAUGAAAGUUUAACUAUUGACUUAGAAAUCAUAUGUGGUUGCGAUUGUGAAGAAUCUACCCAUUCAACUUAUGAAGAAAUAUCAGAUAAAUGUGGUGGCCAAGGAACCUAUAAAUGUGGAUUAUGUGAUUGUAACGAUAAAUAUUAUGGACGUAAAUGCGAAUGUUCAAGUGAACGUCUAAAUACAGAAACAUCGUCUGCCGGCUGCCGUCCAGACAAUGUAACAAAAGUUGAUUGUAGCGGAUUUGGUACAUGCAAAUGCGGAGUGUGCGAUUGUAAUAAACAAGAAAACGCCGAUGAAAUUAUAAGUGGAGCAUAUUGUGAAUGUGAUAAUUUUCGGUGUCUUCGACACGAAGGUUUAUUAUGCUCUGGAAAAGAUCAUGGAACAUGUACAUGCGGUCAGUGUGUAUGUGAAGCAGGAUGGUCAGGGCCUGACUGUCACUGUAAAGUAUCACAAGAGGCAUGUUUCGAAAAACCAGAUUUAAAAAUUUGUUCAGGCAAGGGGGAAUGUAAAUGUGGUGAAUGCAUAUGUAAUGAAUAUUAUUCAGGUUUAUAUUGCCAAGAAUGUCCAACUUGUAACCUCUGCUCACAAUAUAAGGAUUGUGUUGAGUGUCAAGCUUAUAAUUCAGGACUUUUCACAAAAGAUGAAUGUUUGAAAAAUUGUACGCUUUUUCAUACAAUUAUUUUGGACAAAAUUGAAGACCCUAAAAGUGAUGACGAAGAUUUAUGGAAAAUAUGUACGAUAAAGGAUAAAAACGAUUGCGAAUACAUAUUCGAAUAUAAUAAGAAUCAAAAUGACGAACAUAAAAUUGAAGUUAGAGCAGAAAAGCAAAAAAAAUGUCCAAUACAAACUUCAGCAGCUGAAACAGCAGCAUAUGUUAUACUACCUAUUUUAGCCUUAGGUCUGUUCGGCCUACUCUCGUGGAAAGUAGUUACAACAGUACACGAUAAACGUGAAUAUUCGAAAUUUGAAAAAGAAAAGUUAAUGGCCAAAUGGAAUACAGAUGAUAAUCCAAUCUAUAAAGAAGCCUCAUCUAUGUAUCGGAACCCUGGAUUCAACAACUAAGACUUGAGUGAGUUCCACUAUAGCGAAAAUCAUUAUACUAUACGUACUUACAUAUUUUUUCUUACUCCUCUGUCUAUUUAAAUAAAAAUUAAUAAUGACUUCAAGUUAUAAAUGUAAUUUUUUCAUAU